AGCUUUUCAUCAUUGCACAGCAGCUGAGGUUGUUGUAUCCCUUUAUUCCUUCUGUCACCGAAUGAAUGGGCAAAAAUAAAAACAAGAAUCCCAUUUGUAUUACAACAGAAAGGACUUGGAAGGAGUGGCGUGGAGAGGAUUACAGGAAGUGAUCAGAACAGAUAAAGAUGUAAAAGAAGGCGAAAAGGACAGAAGCAUCUACUCUGAUGGCAGGAUAAGAGUGCUGCUUACCUCUGAUGAAGGAGAAAAUGUGGAAAAAAGGAAAAGGAAGGGAAGGAGAGACAGAGGUUGACAUGUUAGACGUAGAUAACACAAGGAAGGUAAAGUUCAGGAGGUAUAGAGUGUCACCUAAAGGAUCAGGAGAUAGCCAUCAGGGGCAAAGGUGUAGGAACUCAAUCCCAGAGCAAGACAACUGAUGAUAAUAAAACCUCCUCACCUGAGCACUCCAGAAGGCAGAUAUGAACAGAAGCAUCAGGGAAACAGGCAGGGGAACCACAAGGAGUUGACCACAGAAGAAAGGAAGAAUUGAGGUCUAUUUUUUUGUCUGGUUUUAUUUAUGCUUCAAUUGUUAUCUGCUUUGAAGGUAGAAAAUGCUGGAACAUUUUAUUAAACCACACUCUGACCAGUCCAGUAUCUUUUAGCAGAAAUUUUGGGAUUUGUUUUUAAAGCGAACUGAAGUAAAAUCAAGCAGAAGUAGUGUAGAAGAGAGGAGUGAAGGGAAGAGAGAAGGCGAGGGAGGGGGAGGAAAGAGAGAGGUGUCUGAGCCUGUCACAGCGAGAUGUUCAUGCUCAUUCGAGAGCCGUCCGCCGGAGGAGGCGGUGCUGGAGCGAUGAGCACACCACCGGAGAGGAGCGCAAAGCAGGUGCAGGCUGCUAUCAAGAGGAAGAUGGAGAGGCAGAAAAGGAGAAGCAUCGAGCAGGGAAUGCUUGUUGCGGAGGGUCAGGGUAUGACCCAUCUGCCUCCGCAGAGUCAGAAGUCCAGACAGCUACCCCGCACGAUGGCGGCAGAGGCAGCUGAGGACAGCGAGGCCCUGGAGGAACAGCUGGAGGAUAUGUUGGAGGGACCUCACAGGGGUAACAAGGAGAAAGAGGCAGAGGAAGAGCCUGCAGACCUGUUGCCCAUAGUAAACUCUGUGUUUGGACAGGACAGAGAGCUGAGACCAGAGGAGCUUGAAGAGCUGCGUGUGGCAUUUGUGGAGUUUGACAAGAAAAAGAAGGGCUACAUCAGUCACAGAGAUCUAGGGGAGUGCAUGAGGACUAUGGGAUACAUGCCCACAGAGAUGGAGCUCAUUGAACUGAGCCAGCAGAUCUGUGGAGGCAAAGUGGACUUUGAGGAUUUUGUGGAGUUGAUGGGACCAAAGUUGCUGGAGGAGACAGCAGACAUGAUAGGAGUCAAAGAGCUACGAGACGCAUUCAGAGAGUUUGACUCCAAUGGUGACGGUCAGAUCAGUUUGACAGAGCUGCGUGAGGCCAUGAAGAAGUUAAUGGGAGAACAAGUGACCAACAAAGAGAUUAACGAGAUCAUAAAGGAUGUCGACCUCAAUGGAGACGGCCUGGUGGACUUCGAGGAGUUUGUUCGGAUGAUGUCUCGCUGAUCAGCCCAGGUGUCCUACAGACGACGCAUAACACAGGAAAAGGGAACACAAUACUGCAAUGAUUUUUACUUUUAAUCUUUUAAAUAUAUAUAUAUUUUUCUAUUAAAUAUUAAAGCAGGAAAAUAUAUGACAGAUGUGAAGCAAGCAUAUAAACAGCAGUAUGAUACAUAUCAGCUAUAUAAAAGAAAAAUGUAUAAUUUCCUGUUUUUAACAUAUUUUUAUAUGUGAGUGAUUCUUUUUUGAGUGUGAUGUUUGUAAAAAUGCAUAUUUUAAUAAUCAAUAAAAAUACAUAGAAAUUGA